CGGGUCAAAGGGCAGGCGAAGAACCAAGAUGGCGGCGCUAGCGGCAGCGGCUGAGCAGAUGAGGCGGUGUCAGUGAGGAGCAGGACAGUGGCUGGGCUGGGCAAGGCGUGGGUGGCGAUGAGGGUGCGUGGCGCGCGCUGUGGCUGAGGAUCCCUCGCACCCUCUAGCCGUCCCGCGCACCUGCCCCUCUCAGCUGGUGCCCCGGGCUCGCGCUCGCUCCUCUCCAUGAGCGGCGCGUGCGAGCUGGUGUGGCGCCUGCUGCACGCCCUGCUCUGCCUGCUGCGCGCGCUGCUCUCGUGGCUCCGCGGCCGGCUGCGGGGAGGCCCCCGCUCGUGGCUCUGGCGCUGGUGGCGCCGCGCGGCCUCUGCCGCCGCCUCCUGCGCGCUCCUGGCGCCCGCCGCCGGGGCCUUCGCUUUCCACAAGCCGGGCGCGGCGCGGCGGGUGCCGCGCGGGCGGGGGCGCUGGGACGGGCGGUCCCUGGAGAAGCUGCCGGUGCACAUGGGGCUGGUGGUGACCGAGGAGGAGCCGAGCUACGCGGACAUGGCCAGCCUGGUGGUGUGGUGCAUGGCGGUGGGCAUCUCCUACGUCAGCGUCUACGACCACCACGGAAUCUUCAAGAGGAAUAACGCAAGGCUGAUGGAUGAAAUUUUAAAACAGCAGCAGGAACUCUUGGGUCUAGAUUGCUCCAAAUAUACAGUGGAAUUUGCAAAUCAAGACAAAACAGACCAAGUUUUAAAUUGCCAAUCUACAUUGAAAGUGCUGUCCCCAGAAGAUGGAAAGGCAGACAUAGUGAGAGCUGCUCAGAACUUCUGCCAGUUGGUAGCACAACAGCAAAGAAAAUAUACGGACCUGGAUGUGAAUGUCUUAAACAACUUACUAAGUAGUAAUAAAGGUUUCCCUGACCCUGAUUUAAUUUUGAAGUUUGGUCCUGUGGACAGCACAUUAGGAUUCCUUCCCUGGCACAUCAGACUGACAGAGAUCAUUUCUUUGCCUUCACACCUGAAUAUCAGCUAUGAAGAUUUUUUUUCUGCCCUCCAUCACUAUGCAGCCUGUGAGCAGCGUUGGGGAAAAUGAUUUCUUGUUGAACACUCUGUCAGGCUUUCCAUGGAAAGGAUCCAGUAUCUCUGUUUACAAGCACCCUGUGAUCUGAACAAGUCUGGUUCAUAGUAAUUUUCUUAAUUUAUCAACAAACUCAAUAAAGUGUCUUACCUUUCUA